UCUCACUUUCAAAGAGAGCUAGGAUAUUAGCGACUUCACAACAUUUUAACGUAGUUUUCGUGCCAUCGGCGGUCAAAAUUGCCGCGAAAACCAACGGUUCAGAAAUCCUUCAUCUUCUUCAUUCAAUUCGACCAUUUCAGCCACCAUUAAACCUUGCUUGGGCAGAGAAAAGGAAAGAACUUUUGCUCCAAAACCUCACACCUAACGAUCCAUUUGUUCUUUUUCUCUUCAUUUUCUGGACAAAUAGGAGUGCCCCACCCUUGAACCCUAGCUUCUUUUCCAUGCUCAGGUGCAUUCACAAAUGGAAGCCUCGCCAUUUUCCUCGAAAAUCAGCAAGCUUUUCGCCCUUGACAAUCUUCAUUUUCACUAAAUCAUCAGUCUCUGCUGCGAAGGUUGAGAAUGAGCCUGUCGCUGCCUCCUCCAUUGAUCCUAGAGCGGUUGACCCAGUUCGUGAAGUUCUCGCGGGUUUGAGGAACUUCGGCUUGGGAAUUUUCCUUGUCGGCGAAUAUUUCCGUUCCGUAAUUUCGAAGUUGAACCAGUUCCAGGUGGAUCGAAUUAUCGAUAUUCUGAGGGGAGAAAAUUCAGACGCUGCGUUAUUCUUCUUUUAUGCGUUGAAGAAUGACUACGGUUUUCGUCUCUCCAGGGAUUCCCAAUUUGUUGUUGCACAUGUUUUGGCAAGCAAAAGGAGGUUUAGGGAUCUGCACUUGGUCAUAGAGGAAAUGCUUGAACAGGAAGGUUCUGGUCAUGCUUCCUUACUUUGUGAGCUGCUCAUGAACAAUUUCAGGGGCUGGGACUCAAAUAGUGUGGUAUGGGAUGCAUUGGCUUUUGCUUAUUCAAGAUUUGAGAUGGUUAAUGAUGCCUUGCUUGUUCUGGCAUAUAUGAAAGACUUAAAUUUACCAGCUUCAACAUUAACCUGUAAUAGCUUAUUGCAUAAUUUGAGGCAUGUGGACAUAUUUUGGGAUAUCUACGGUAAAAUGAGGGACAAUGGGACAUCUGAAAAUGAGUAUACUAACUCUAUACUCAUAGAUGGCCUAUGUGAGCAAGAUAUGCUACAAGAAGCCAUUCUAGUUUUGAGGAAUUCUAAGGCAAAUGGACUUGGCCCUUCUGUUGUUUCCUUCAAUACAAUCAUGUCAAGAUUUUGUAAAUCGGGUUUUGUAGACAUAGCAAAAUCUUUGUUCUGUCUGAUGCUUAAGCAAGGUCUGUCUCCUGAUGCAUAUAGUUGCAAUAUUCUAAUUCAUGGUUUGUGUCUAGCUGGUUCCAUAGAGGAAGCUCUAAAUUUUACAGACCACAUGAGAAACCAGGGGUUAAAGCCUGAUAUAGUAACCUACAACAUUCUUGUCAAAGGGUUUCUUCUACUUGGCUUAAUGGAUGGGGUUUGGCAGCUAAUUCAGGAAAUGUUGUUGGCUGGGUUAAAUCCUAACGUUGUUACAUAUACAAUACUAAUUUGUGGGCAUUGUCAGAUGGGCAAUGUUAAUGAGGGUUUGAAGUUGCUAGAGGAGAUGGUUUCUCUCGGAUUUCAGUUGAGUCUCAUUCCAUACAGUGUAUUGCUUAGUAGUUUGUGCAAAUAUGGACGUUUUGAGGAAGCACUGAGAUUGUUCUAUGACUUGGAAACUUCAGGCCUGAAACCAGAUCUCAUAAUAUAUUCUAUCCUGAUUCAUGGGCUUUGCAAGCUAGGAGAAGCCCAAAGUGCUUUAAAGUUUUAUAGGGAGAUCUGUUCAAACAAUUUCUUCCCAAAUUCCUUCAUUCACAGUUCUUUUCUGUUAGCUAUGUGUAAAGAUGGAAUUACAACAGAGGCGAGAAAAUAUUUUGAAGACCUAACAAUCAUUGAACCACAAAAUAUAGUUUUUUAUAAUAUUAUGAUUGACAGAUAUGUAAAGAUUGGCAAUAUUGAGGAAGCUUCACAGUUGUACAAAAGAGCUAUUGAGAAAGGAAUUGCUCCUACUAUUGUUACUUUCAACUCUCUAAUUUAUGGAUUCUGCAAGAAAAAAAACCUGGGAGAGGCUAGAAAAUUGUUUCAAUGCAUUGAACAAUAUGGCCUGUUACCAAAUGCUGUAACUUAUACCAUUCUUAUGAAUGCAUUGUGUGAAGAUGGAUAUAUGCAAGGCAUGAUUGAAUUAUUUCAUAAGAUGGAAGCAAGUAAUUUAGCUCCGACUCACAUUACUUAUACUGUAAUUAUCAAAUGUCUUUGCAAACAUUGGAGGCUGAAUGAUUCCCUCAAAGUGCUUAAUGAUAUGCACUCUAAGGGUUUACGUCCAGAUCAAAUUACAUAUAAUACCAUCAUCCAGUAUUUUUGCAAGGCUCACAACAUGGAUAAAGCCUUCCAAUUGUUCAAUGAGAUGUUAAGACUGAAACUGGAGCCUACUGCUGUAACAUAUAAUGUCUUGAUCAAUGGCCUUUGCAUUAAUGGUGGCCUAGAAUAUGCUGAUAGACUGCUAAUUGCUCUUGAAGAACAGAAAGUCUGCUUGUCCAAAGUUGCUUACACUGUAAUAAUAAAAGCGCAUUGUGCAAAAGGUGAUGUCCACAGGGCAGUGCUAUUCUUCCAUAAAAUGAUUGAAAAGCGAUUUCAAAUUUCAAUCAGUGAUUAUAGUGCAGUAAUCAAUAGAUUGUGUAAAAGACGUAUUAUUGCUGAAGCAAAGUAUUUCUUUUCUAUGAUGGUAGCUAAUGGUAUUUCUCCUGAUGAAGAACUUUGCAAAACGAUGCUAAAUGCAUUUUCUGAAAGUGGUGAUUGCAGUUCAGCUUCAGAACUACUUGCUGAAAUGAUUAAAGCUGGUUUACUUUCUGAAUAGUCAAUGAAAUGGCUAAUUGCAUUCUUUCUAUCUUUCUGAUGGAUCUACUUUCAAGAAAUAGUAUGAAGCCCAUCUCUACCUGUAGCCCUCGCUGGCAUGGCAAACUUGUUGAAGUUUAAUCAGAUUGUCUACUGAGCACGAGGAAGAAAGAGUGACUGAAUCAUCGGAGAUGGCAAUGGACUCAAACUCUCAGCCUAAAACUCACCAAGGAAAAGAGUCAAUUGGCUUGGAGGGUUCGUCUAGUGUGAGCUUGCAUCAGUUCGCAUCCUUUAUGAUUGGCCAAGAGAGCUCACCCAUCUCCCUCAUCUCAGAUAAGCUCAUUGGUGUCAACUAUCGAGAGUGGGCUCAGUCCGUUCGACUCGCAAUAGAGGGUUGUGGUAAAUGGGGGUACAUUUCUGGCGAAUCCCACUGUCUAGCAGCGACAAAUGUCAAGGCUUUCAACGUUCGGAAGACCGAUAAUUGAAUGGUGUGUUCAUGGCUGGUAAAUUCAAUGAUGCCAGCUGUGAAGAAAAGUUUCUUAUUUCUCCCAACAGCUUGAGAGAUAUGUAACGCUGUGAAGGAGGCAUACUCUGAUGGUGAAAAUGCUUCUCAAGUGUUUGAGAUAAAAUUGAAGCUGUGGCUUGUGAAGCAAGAUAAUCGUGAUCCAAGUGAAUAUUUCCUUAAAAAAAUUCUCUGUGGCAAGAACUUGAUUAGAUUACUGCUGAGAAAUGGACAAGUUUAGAGGACGCUGCUCAGUUUCGGAAGCGGCUUGAGAAAGAACGUCUUUAUGAGUUAUUAGUGGGACUUAAUUCAGAUCUCGAUGAUGUUUGUGGGCUGUGGUAGAAUUCUGAGUCUAGAACCUUUGCCGUCUGUCCGUGAGGCCUUUGCAAUGAUUCGAAGGGAAUACUCACGAAGAAAGGUAAUGUUGAAGGAUGAACCUGUCCCUCGAACUAAUACUCUUAAAUCUGCAUUUGCUCUUGCUGCCAAGUCCAAUGAUCCUAGAAACAAUCAAGGACGUCUCACAUGUGAACACUAUAAGGAUGUUGGCCACACAAAGGAGAAAUGCUGGGAUCUUUAUGGUAAACCCCCUGAUUGGAAGCUAAGGAAAGGAAGAAGUUGUGGAUAUGUUGCUGAAAGCUCUAUGGAAGAUGACAAUUUACAGCCCUCAAAUGAUCAACUAAGUAAGAUUCUUGAGAUGCUUUCAGCUCUAAAAACUAAUAGUAAGCAACCUGUUGCCAUUGUGGUACAAAGAGAUCUACUGACGGCGAUGACAAUUGGCAGUGCUAAAGAGUUUGAUAGUCUCUACUACCUAGAUGGAAGUGAAGUCAGCAGUGUUAGGUCAUGCAAUAAAGUGUCUCUCCCUAGAACUAGUGAGUUGGAGUUGUGGCACAAAUGUUUAGGUUACCCUAAUUUCAAUUAUAUGUCAAAAAUGUUUCCUUCAAUUUGCAAUAAAAGUGAUUGUUCUCAAUUCUAUUGUGAUUCUUGUGAAAAAGCAAAACAUCGCCGUGUCUUUUUUCCACAUUAGCCAUACUUUGCAUCCAAGCCUUUUACAACCAUUCACAGUGAUCUAUAGGAGCCCUCUUGGGUUCCUAAUAGAACUCACUCAAAAUGGUUUAUGACAUUUAUUGAUGAUCAUUCUCAUGUUAGCUGGGUGUUCCUUCUAAAGGACAAACAUGAUGUGUCACAAGUGUUCAUUGACUUCUAUCAUAUGAUUAAAAUUCAAUUUCACACAUCUAUUCAAACCCUCCACACUAACAAUGGUACAGAAUAUUUCAACAAACACCUCUCUACAUUUUUACUUUUCAAUAGAAUUGUUCACAAAAGCACUUGACCAUAGUCUUUAGCAAAAUGGUAUUGCUGAAAGGAAAAACAGGCACGUUCUUGAGACAGCCCGUGCACUUCUCUUUAGUAGCCAUGUUCCUAAACAUCACUAGGAUGAUGUUGUCCUAAAUGCAACUUUCCUUAUUAGUUGUCUCCCAAACCAUACUCUAUCAUACAAAACUCCUCUUGAAGUUCUACAUCAAACUCACAAUCAACCUUACUUGGAAAACCAUCUUCCUAUAAAAGUAUUUGGGUGUACUGUCUAUGUUCAUCCUCAUCAUACAAAUAAACUUGACCCUAAAGCUAUCCGAUGUUUUUUCCUGGGUUACUUUGCCACUAAAAAAGGGUACAAGUGCUUCGAUCCUACUACCAAAAGUGUUUUUACCACUUAUGAUGUCACCUUUCAUGAAACCGAAUCCUUCUACUCCCAAUCUACAAUUCAAGGGGAGAAUUGGAAUGAAUUGCAAAUUGACAUGUGUGAAAACACAAGUGGAACACCUGAAACAACUGAUCUUAUAUCUAUACCUCACCAUUUGUCCCUUGAACUUGAAGAUCAGCCUAGAAAGUGAGACCAACAACACCAAUACCACUACUCUAAUUGAAUCAAGUGAUGUGCCAAGUCCUAGUCCCAAGGAGAAGAAGUCUAUAACAGGGGGAGAUACCAUAUUUGCAUAAACCUAUGCAUGAAAAAACAAGACAUGUAAAGUGAUCCAUGCUCCAAGCACUGAUCAAGAGUCAGAACCAGAUGCAGGUCUAAAAGAAGAUAAUGGUGGUAUGGUGGAAGAAUCGGGCUGUGAUGAUGAUCUUGAUCUACCUAUAACUAUGAGGAUGAAACUGAGAGCUUGCACUAGGCACCCUAUUGAAAGAUUUGUGUCCUAUCAAGUACUGUCUGCUAAAUUUUGUGGAUUUACUGCCUAUUUGGAUAACAUUAUAGUAUCAAAGAAUAUUGAAGAAGCCAUGGUCUUACCUGAAUGGAAGCAAGUUGUAAUGGAGGAAAUGGAGGCAUUGACAAAAACAAUACGUGGGAUGUUGUAGAAUUACCUCUAGGUAAGAAAGCUGUUGGAUGUAAUGGGUCUUUACACCUAAAUACAAUGUUGAUGGUAGUCUAAACAAAUACAAAGGAAGACUUGUUGCUCAAGGGUUCUCCCAGGUGUAUGGUAUAGAUUACAUUGAGACAUUUGCACUUGUAACCAAACUUGAUACUGUCAGAAUAAUUCUAUCUCUAGCAAUCAAUCUUGAUUGGCAGUUACAUUAAUUAGAUGUAAAAAACGCCUUCCUAAGUGGUGAGUUCAAAGAAGUAUACAUGAAGCCGCCUCUUGGGUUCCCAGGGAGCAAACCAAAUCAAGUAUGCAAAUUGAAGAAGUUCUUAUAUGGACUAAAGCAGUCUCCAAGAGCUUAGUUUGAGAGACUUACCUAGGUAAUAAAAAAGGCAAGGUUUACACAAGGUCAAAGCAAUUACACCAUGUUCUUCAAACAUUGAGGCACUGAAAUUACUGUUUUGUUAGUUUAUGUGAAUGAUAUGGUUCUUACAGGUGAUAUUAAGGAGAUUGAAAACCUUAAAAAGGCACUAGCUCAAGAAUUCCAAAUAAAGGAUCUUAGAGAAAUGAAGUACUUCCUAGGUAUGGAGGCGGCGAGAUCCAAGAAGGCAAUUUCUAUUUCUCAGAGAAAAUAUGUGCUAGAUCUCUUGAAAGAGAUUGGCAUGCUUGGAUGUAGACCUAGUAAUACACCUAUCCGAGUUGACAAGAUAAGCAAUGAAGAGGAUCUGGGCAAGUUUGUUGAUAUGGGUAGGUAUCGACGUAUGGUGGGAAAACUGAUCUACUUGUCACAUACUAGGCCAGAUAUUGCCUUUGCAAUUAGUAUGGUGAGUCAACACUCACAUGACCUGAAACAAAAACACUUGAAUGAGGUCUACAGCAUUUUUAGGUAUUUGAAAGGUGCUCUUGGAAAAGGUUUAUGGUUUAAGAAAUCUGAGAAACAAGGAGUAGAAAUCUUCACAGAUGUAAAUUGGGCAGGUGAUCAUGACGACAGAAAGUCCAUAUCUAGAUAUUGCACUUUUGUUUGGGAAAACUUGGUUACUUGGAGAAGCAAGCAGAGUAUAGUUGCUCUUAGUAGUGUUGAGGCAGAAUUUUGAGCCAUUGCUUUAGGAAUUUGUGAAGGUAUAUGGCUAAAAAGAGUCAUUGAAGAACUAAAAAGGAAUGUGAAUUUGCCUAUCACUCGUUAUUCAGAUAGUAUGGCAGCAAUUAGCAUCUCACAAAAUCCAGUCCAACAUGAUAGGACUAAGCACGUUGAGAUAGACAAACACUUUAUCAGAGAAAAGAUUGACACUGGCAUCAUCUAGAUGAGGCACACACCAAGAAGGGAGCAAACGGUUGAUGUUCUCACCAAAGGCUUGAGUAGAGAUAAGUUUGAUUAUUUUAUUGGCAAGUUAGACAUGAUCAAUAUCUAUGUUCCAACUUGAGGGGGAGUGUGGAAAUAUAUACUCCCUCCGUCCCAAAUUAUAAGACACUCUUAGACAAAAUCUCACAUACCAAUAAAGCUCAUUAAAUACACUUUACAAUCUUACUUUUUCAAGACAAAAAUGUAAAUAUUUAGGAAUGCCCUUCAUCUUCAUUUAAUACUCCAUUGAUAAAAGAAUUUGAAGAGAGAGAUUAUAUGGAAAGGAUAAUAUUGAAAAACUAUCAUUAAUUAAACCUUAUUUUUAUCAAAGUGUCUUAUAUUUUGGGAUGCUGAAUCUUCUCUAAAAGUGUCUUAUAAUUUGGGACGGAGGGAGUAAUAUUUAAUGUAAAUAUUUGGUGAUUAUUCCCGUGGAUAUUAUAUGAUCAAAUAUGAUCAGGUUUAUUAUGGGAGAUUUGAUUUUAUUCUGUAUCAUUGUAAAUCCCUUCUUUCUCGGCCCACAUUGUGGCUUCCCUACCGUGUAUAUUCUGUCAACACCCACUGAAUGGAAUUAGUCUAGUUUUGCUCAUUUAUCUUCAGUUUUACCCUUGUUACUGCAACUUGAUGGGAGAGUUAAAUUGAUGUUCAGUUCUCAUGCCUAACUGCUUGAUUAAGUGUUGGAGGUCCAAGGGGUAUAUUCUCUUGGCAAAUAUUGAUCUUUGAUUGUAUGAAAUUAAUUUUUUUCUGGUUUGCACGCUGGUUAUAUCAGAGCUAAAUGCUGAUUUCCCCAUUCUUGGAAAAUUUUAUUUCAUGGCCUACCUUUUGAGGAGCCUUAUGAUUUGCAUAAUGUCUGGCGUCAAUCUAGCAGAACUUUUUAUUUAGACCUUGCACUAGUCUUGGCUAUUCUAUCUCCUAAAGUUGUAAUAUUCAUUUUCCCCUCUUAAUGCAAUGUCAGGGUCACAAAAAUGUGUAAUUCUGGAGUCUCGUGUGACAUUCAACCAUUGCUCCAUAUUUUGAUGGGAAUAGUGUUGCGACGGCACUUGAGAUCACCAUCAACUCUAUUAGGGCAGCAAGGCUUCCACGUAUCCAAUAUCCCUGCAAAG